AGUAAGACGUUCUCGCUUGUUAAAGAAAAAACAAGCUAAACUUGUAUCGAACAGUUUUCAAGAUGUUUCGGCAAAUAGCGAUCUUAAAGAAAGUAAUGAUAACUUUGAAGACGUUUUAACAAGCAAUGAUGAUGAUCUUGAAGAAAGAAAUGAAAAUGUCUAUUACUGUGAAGGCAAUAACGAAGAUAAAGAUUUUGAAGCACUAGUUAAUAACAAUAGUCUUGAGUACAACAAUACAGACGAUUACCUCGAAGAAAGUAGCAAUGACUUUGAAAGCAUUACAUUCCACAGUGACAGUCUUGAAAGCAGUAAUGAUGACCUUGAGGACAGUACCAAUGAUUGUGAAACUAGUAGUGAUGAUGUUUUAACCGAUUAUGAUAAUAAUUAUGAAAAUAAUAGUGAUGAUGUUUUAACCGAUGAUGAUAAUUUAUCCGCUCAAGAAAUAGCUGAUGGACUAUCUAAUUAUCAAACAUCCACAGUUUCAACCUCUUCAUCAGAAAAUAUAAGAUGCCUUAGAUCACAAAGAAUUAGAAUGCCUCUACUUACUAUAAAAAGUCACACUAUUUCUAUUAAUAAUCGAAAGAUGGCCUCUACAUCAAAGCCAACCAAACUUGCUUAUACUAUUUCAAUAAAAGAGCAUCUUAAUCAGAUUUUGAAUAAUUCACGGCUGAUGGCAAAGAUAUAUUUUGGUCAUGGCAUUAAAUGUCAAGAAAAAUCAGAACUAUGGCAUGGCAAUAUCUAUCAAGAGAGAAGUCAUAGAGGACACAAAGAGCUCUGGAUGAUCGAAGAAAAUUAUAAAAUUAUUCCACCUAGUUAUGUCUUAAGACAUAUUUCAGUAUGGAUUGAAGAUGUAUCUCAGCCUGCUUCUUAUAAUUUUUACAUAUCUGAAAUUCUAUACAAAGACGCUAUUACCAAGGAAUUUUAUACUUAUAUCAAACUUCACAUUGGUGAUGUCGUGAUUAUAAAAGAGGAAGAUAAUGAGUCUUAUGCAAUUAUUAGAGCAAUUUUUACGCAUAAAUAUAAUAAUAGACUUAUUUAUGCCUUUGUUUAG